AUGCGACAUUUCUUCGGACGGCGGCCGAAAGCCGCUGCAACCGGGCCGACCGCUGAGCACGACUGGCCUCAACGAUCGGUUGCGGGGAUUUCGUCCUCGAUCAAGACCUUCCCGUCAGGCAUCAAACUGUUUCAUAGCCCGGAACACGCUAUCGUCGACAUCGUUUUCGUCCACGGCCUGGCUGGCGAUCGCGAGAAGACGUGGACCGCCCGGGACGCGUCCGACCCAUGGCCUAAGGCCCUCCUCCCGUCCGAGCUCCCGACCGCGCGCGUGCUCACGUUCGGAUACGAUGCAUAUGUGGCAGAUUGGCGAGGAGUGGUGGCGCAGAACAGGAUUGGAAACCAUGCGUGGAAUCUGCUCACGUCUCUUGCGACGUACCGAGAGAGGGACGAAACGGCCUUAGUGACAUCGAGACAGCGGCCGGAGGAACACCUCCAGAACAUCCUUCAAUCGACCCGAGGAAUCGCCUUCCUAGGAACGCCGCACCACGGGGCGGGUCUGGCCAGAUGGGCUGAGCUCCUGUCCCGUCACAUCGGCCUCGUCAAGCAGACAAACACCGAGAUUGUGGCAGUCCUCCGACGCGAGUCCGAAGUGCUCGCGCGGAUUCAGGACGGCUUUCAUACGAUGGUCAAGGCACGCAGCAGGGAGGGCCAAGGGCAGAUCGAUAUCACUUGCUUCUUUGAGGAGCUCCCUCUGCCUGGCGUUGGCCAGCACUCAGCAAUCCUCCCGGGAUACAUCCCGAUCGGCAUCCACAGCAAUCAUAUGGACAUGGCCAGGUUUGUCUCUGCGAACGACCCCGGGUUCACGGCUGUCUGCGGGGAGCUCCGCCGGUGGAUCAAGGAAAUAGACACGUCGGAAAGACGUCACCGGGAAGCACCGGCCUCGGACCAUACCGGAAGGUCAGGAGAUGGACAGGAUGGAUACACGAGCUCAGCCGCACGAUGUAGGUAG